AAUCAUCAUUCUUGGCUAUGACUUUCAAGAUGGACGAUCUUAUGGUAUUUGAAGUUUGGAAGUAUUUCCUAUUGAUAUUGGUCAUGACUUUAACAAUAAAGUGCUGCGAAGAUGGUACGUUUAGUACAGAAUUUCUGGGCGAUUGUUUACCAUGUCCACUAGAUCCAGAAAACAAUUGCAGUCAUGAAGACCCAAGUGAUGUCAACUCAUGCCUGAAGUCAUGUACAGAUUCAAUGAAGAUGAAGAAUGAGGAAAUUCAUGUAAACGUGACGAAAACUGCACAAAAUAUCAAUAAAUCUGACGAUGAUCAAAUAAUGAAACCAAACACUACAUCAUCAUUCCCUAAUUUCACAACCACAAGUAACUUUACCAAAAUUGAGGCAAAACCAUCAACAAAGUACUCCACAUCGCCAACGAAAAACCCACUUGAAAGAACAGAUAAUGAAAGUUACAUUGGACAUCUCCCUAAAGAUGCUUUCAUGGUGUUAGUAAUGGUUCUUGGUCUUGGUUUAUUUAUUGUCAUGGGUAUAAUACUUCGAUGUAGAUCAAAUCAUCAAAAGACUAAUCGUUCCACCUGUGCAGGGUAUCGCCUUGUAUAUACAAAAAAACAAAAAGAAACUGUAUAGUGUAUACCAACACAACAAAUUUUAUGAACUAAUUGUGAAUGAUCUUCCUUUCUAAGUAUUUUAUUGGUCAACAGUUUGUCAUGUGAGAGUGAAGAAAUUAAGCUGUUUCUUAUUUUACCCCACAAAUAGUUUGAUAGUGAAAAAGGGGUGAUACGUUAUCUACCAAUAGAUAAUGAAAAUAUAACAUUUGUCAUAGUGUGAAGAUGGUACUUUAUGGUGAUGUUAGUCAGCCUCUGAUUCAACCAAAAAGCAAGCUCAUUUUUCAAAAAUUUACUGAGUGUUUCUUAUAUAUUUUAUUUAUAUAUAUUAUUUAAAAAUCAUUAUCAGAGAAUCAGAUUAUGAAUGUAUGAAAGUACCUUAUUUAUUUUGUUGUGACCUUAGUUUUCUUUUCGACAAUUGGUAUACAUAAAUAUAAAAAAUAUUUCUACUGUCUGUUAAUAAACCUUAUGUAUUGUGAUUAUAAUAUAAUUAGAAAAGUAUUUAAAUGACAAAAUAUGUCGUACAUUCAAUCCAAAAAUUUCUGAAAAUACAUAACGUUAUACCUGACAA